AUGGCAGACAAAUCAGCUUUUGUGCCAGUCGAUGCAAUCGGAAAUCAUAAAAACACGGAUCUUGACGUGGACAUUGAUGACGAAUUGUUCGGAAAGAAACCACCAAAAGCGACUCCAAGUGCAACGAAAGCUGCUGCUGCUCCGGCUCCGGCUCCCCCACCGUCCGUCAUCAAGGCACCAACUUCUCCAGCGCCGAAAGCUGCUGCUCCAGCUGCUCCAGCUGGUGGAAAGUACACGUACAAGAAGUCGACGACUUAUCAAAAAACGUAUGCCAAGUGA